GAAGKGAAAGGAGGAAGCUUAUGUAAGAAUGGGGAAUUUUACCUCCUCCAGUCCUGGGAGUGUCUCCAGGCCAGUGUGUGCWCAGUUUGUUCAGGAUGUAGUGUCGCAGAACUGCGUUGUGAUAUUUUCCAAGACAACCUGUCCGUAUUGUAAAAUGGCUAAAAAUGUGUUCAAYGAAAUCGGCGCAACUUACAAGGUCAUUGAACUGGACCAGCACAACGAUGGAAAGAGACUUCAAGAAACAUUGGCUCAAAUGACCGGUGCAAAAACAGCUUGUGUAUUGGAGUAAAACAGAUGCUUGACAUUGGUUUUGCAUUUGUCUUCUCAGAGGGAUGUACAGUGUCAUUGCUAUAUUAGCAUUGUUAUUAUUAUUAUUAGAACUGUCAUUUGUAGACAAAUGCUGUAAAUGCCAGAAGCACCUUUUCUUUUUUCAAAAGCUUGGUUUAUUAAACUGUUAAAUUUUAUUUAAGAACGGUCAAAUACUUUAACGUUAUUGGAGGUACGUUGGCAUAACGAAGAAUCUUAAAGCACAAAUCUGGAUUUGGAAAAACCUUAGUGUUACUAAUGAGUAAUAUUAUUUACACAACAUGCAUUGUUUGUUUUUCUUUUCCGUGUAAAAUUAUAUUAUUAUUAUUAAGUUUACAAAAAAAACAUUUUUAUUAGUCAAUGUGUUCUUGCUUGAAAAGAGCCAGCAAAAGUCUAAAGCCUAUUAGUCUUUAAAAUGUUUUUAUUACUGUACAUCAAAUGUAUAUUUUUAUUCAUUAAAAAGUGAAAUUCUGUUUUAA